ACAAGCCAAGAUGGCGGCCCGCGAUGAACCAGGGAACCCAUUCCGUUUUCAUUAGUAUUCGUCACGUCAACGUCUUGAUCGCAAGGCUUAUGUUGGGAGAAGGCUGAUUACUCGUUGGAUAAUACAUUGGAGACUCAAGACGGAGCAGAUACUGGUACUCUAAAUGGAUGCAAGGAAGUCUGGAUCAGAUAUCCACAACAAUGGACCCAUCAGCUAUCUUGAUGAAGUUCCUUUCAAGCUCAAUGAGAAGUUCCGCUGCCCUGCAAAAGUGGGUCUACCCAUUGGCUUCUGUUUGCCUGACUGUAAUUCUUUGCUCUCAGAGAUGCAGUAUGACUUCUCUCUGGAGAAUCUGACUGUGCGUUGGGGUGAGGAUCUUGCAAAGACAAGAGCUGCCGAGACUCAAGCAGCCGAGACACAACAGGUGGAAACCGAAAAAGAUGGGCAGGCCACCUCACAGGACAUUGAUGUGGGCUUGGCUGUUGGAAAGACCGCCCGCUCCACAGAGGAACACGACAUCCUCCCUCCAGCUCUGAAUCCUGUUCUGGCAGGCCUUCGGCAUAAUGCCAUCCUUACCCCACUCCCUGCCCCGAGCUUUGGACCAGCGCGACCUGUACCCAACAACCCAGCCCCUCAAUGCUUGAACCUGGCUGACUUUGAGCGAGAGGAGGACCCCUUUGAUAAAUUGGAGCUUAAAACGCUGGAUGACAAAGAGGAGUUGCGCAGCAUUCUCCAGAGCCAACCGCAGUCGUCUCUCUCGCCCCCGGAGCCUCCUGUCCCAGAAUCCCACCCUCCCUCACAGAGCAACACACCACCUCUGCAGGGCAAAGCACCUGUCUUCCAUAAGCCCAAUGGGCUGGUUGGACUGCUGGACUUGGAGCGGCCAGUCCCUGGGGGUGUGGGGACCCCUAGGGGACAGAUUGAUGCUGAACGCCCCUGCAACAUUCGCUCACUGACUUUCCCCAAGCUGUCGGACCCGGGGGAUUCCCCCUCAGAUCCUCUCCUCGGUGUGUACCCAGCUGCCCAACAGCACAGCCUACCUAAUGGAACCCCAUCAUCGCUGCUGAGAUCGACACCACACAUCAGUUCUACUCCACCUGUAGAACUACCAGGCCAUACUCAAAAUGGAGCAACAAAGCAGUCGCACCCUGCCCCUGUAGUGGGUCCCUCCUCAUACUCAGCUCAUGGAAUGCUGCUUAACCUCUCCGCAAGUGAGAGGCAGUGUGUGGAGACCAUAGUGGGCAUGGGCUACUCUUACGAAGGGGUUCUCCGAGCCAUGCAGAAACAAGGGCAGAAUGUCGAACAGGUGCUAGAGUACCUAUUUGUCCACAGCCGACUGUGUGAGAGAGGUUUUGACGCCAGUGCUGUGGAAGAAUGCCUGGAGAUGUACCAGUGUUCUGAGGAAAAGGCUCUGCAGUUCCUGCAGCUGAUGUCACGAUUUGGGGAGAUGGGCUUUGAAAGAGAUACCAUCAAAGAGGUUCUGUUGAUGCACAAUAAUGACCAGGACAAAGCUCUGGAAGACUUGAUGGCUCGGGCAGCAGCAAGCUGAAGAAUAGCCACGUCUGCUCCUGGAGCCACCCCUCCCUUGCCCCUCAACACUGUGGUCACAGAGAGAGAGAGAACGACCGUGUGUGUCUGUCUGUCUGUGUGUGUGUGUGUGU